AUGCAAAAGUCUAAUAUUCCAGCACAGGACUGGAACAUUCAUGACCCUGACCUGUCCUCUCUAGGCUUGGAGCAAUGCCAGGAGUUAAGAGAUCGUUUAUUGGAGCGUUUCGGCAAUGAGACGGAUGCUCUUAUCAUCGUUAGUCCAAUGAGACGGACGAUUCAGACUGCUCUCCUGUCGCUAGACUGGUUGAUAAAAAAGGGCGUGCGCAUCCGAGCCGAUGCCCGAUGGCAAGAGAACUCGGCGAAACCUUGUGAUACGGGUAGCAGCAUCAUCAACCUCAAGGCUGAGUUUCCCGACGUCGACUUUUCUACCGUAGACCCUGUGUAUCCAGAGAAGACGUCUCUUGCUGGAGCCGAGUAUGCUUUUACGAGGGAUGCCAUUUUGAGGCGCGCCCAGGCGGGUGUUCAGAGCAUUCGCGAGUGCAAGGAAAAGAUUGUCUUUGUCGUCUCCCAUGCCGGUUUCUUACGCCUUGGUGUAACGGGAUACUGGUUCUUCAACGGCGACUAUAGAAUGUUCGAGCUAGAUGAGGACGAUCGAACCGGCCAGCCGCCAAAGCUUAGACAGCUAGAAUCAACCCUCAGCGGCGGGCUCGGCAAGUCUCGUACGGAUCCCGUAGUUAUCGGUUCCGACUUGCCAGUCCCCGAAACACCCCCCCCCCAUGACGAAAUCAGCAGCUAG